AUGGGUCAUCACAAACACGGCACUCCUAGGCUCCACCGGAUUGGAAAAUGGCAGCCGUCCACGCACGCCGAACAGCUGGAAUGGCUCGGCGGGGUGAUCGCGCAUGUCGACAAACACAAGCCGAAGCCACUGCAUCCGGUGCUCGAGGAGUUCCAGCAGCUCAUCGAGACCAACACCCGCGUCUACCUGCUCAUCUGCGCCAUGCUCAUUGAGGUCCCGGAGAAGCCGCAGUACAGCACCGACCCGACCGGCUGCCCGCAGAUCCGCAACUACAAGCAUCUCCUGCACGUGCUCAACUACCUGCUCACCACGGCGCCGAGCUGGAACGACUUCUCGCACCGCGUCGGCCUGGUCGGCCUGCCCAUCAACGCGGUGCUGGACUGGAGCAUGGGCACGCCCAGCGGCUAUGCGGCGUAUCUGGACCCGGAGAUCAACGCGAUGCUCAAGAAGGUGCUCAACGCGUGGGGCGAGUUCCUGACGCACCACGACUCGGCCGCCGUGCUCGACGACUCGGCGAACGGGUGGUUCGGCCCGACGGCGCGCCAGGACCUCAUCGAGGUCGCCAACCUCGGCGCCACGUCCCCCCGCCCCUUCGAGGAGAUGUUCGUGUGCGACCCGGCCGCCCAGCACCACGGCUUCAAGUCGUGGGACGCCUUCUUCACGCGCGAGUUCCGCGAGGGCGUGCGCCCCGUCGCGAGCCCGGACGACGAUGCGGUCCUUGCCAACGCGUGCGAGUCGCAGCCCUACAAGCUCGCCCGCCACGUCCAGGACCGCGACCACUUCUGGCUCAAGACCCAGCCGUACUCCGUCCGCGACAUGCUCAACCACGACCCCUUCACCCCGCAGUUCGUCGGCGGCACCAUCUACCAGGCGUUCCUGAGCGCGCUGAGCUACCACCGCUGGCACGCGCCCGUCCGCGGCACGAUCGUCAAAGCCUACGUCAUCGACGGCACCUACUACUCCGAGCCGCUGUACGAGGGCAUCGGCAACCCGGACCGCGACCCCAAGCACCCCGAGACGCAGCAGAUCGACUACGCGGGGCAGGUCGACGCGCAGGAGUACAACACGGCGACGGCGACGCGCGCCGCCAUCUUCAUCGAGGCGGACCACCCGGGCAUCGGGCUGAUGUGUUUCCUGGGCGUGGGCAUGUGCGAGGUCUCGACGUGCGAGAUCACCGUGCAGGAGGGCCAGCGCGUCCAGAAGGGCGACCCGCUCGGCAUGUUCCAUUUCGGCGGCUCGACCCACUGCCUGCUCUUCCGCAAGGGCGUGCAGGUCGAGGGCUUCCCGGAUCCGGGUCUGAGACGUAAUGUGCCGGUGCGGAGUCAUCUGGCCAAGGUGCAGGCGUGA